AUGUCAAAACGACCUGCUUUGGCGGCCAUAGAGGUCAGUGAGGAUCAGCCUGCGACGCGACGUCGUCAAGACCCUGUCUCUUGUCAAGUGUGUCGCAAGAAGAAGCUCAAGUGCUCGCGCACCUUCCCAUGUUCGAAUUGCGUAUCGAGAGGUCUCGAAUGCCAACCGCCCGAUGCAGCACAAUGGCCUUCGGACCAGCAGUCGAGCAGCUCUGCCAACGUCUCAGCAGCUGCCUCUGACAGCUCAGUCUUGGCACGGGUUCUGGAACGACUUCAAAGACUUGAGGAUAUCGUUCUUACCAAAUCUGACAAUAUUGUGCGGGAUAGAGCCAGCGAGAAUACUCCAAGCAGUUCCAUUCCAGCUUUGCAUGAGGAUGUUGUGCAGAACGAGAUAUUCCACACUAUCGGAAGGUCCAACGCCUCACCGCAAGCGAAUAUCGAGCAACACGAAGAUGAGUUUCGCGAUACAGAAAUCAUUGGAUCAAGACCGACAGAUGCAAUCAUCAAAGAAGCAAGCUUUCUGUUCACCUCUGCAAAAGUGUCAGAAAUUGCCUUUGACCUCAAUCUGAGAAUGCCCGUCUUGACCAGCAUAUCUGUGGAAGGCAACAAGGUGAUUCGGCGCAUCUGCCUACCUGAAAGGGAGGAAGCUCGUAUUCUGUUCCAGACAUUUGCCAAAUCGCUUGGCUCAUGGUAUCACAUCUACCACAAACGGACAGUCGAAAUUCUCCUUGACAAGACUUACUACCAGAUCGUCUGCGGCCACAAUCCAGGUCUACCACAAGUGGCUUUGCUGCUUAGUAUAUUCGCAAGUGGAGCAUACUUCCAAGCAUCCAUAGCAUGGCCAGAAUGUGUUUUCUCGGACCCGCAGAUCGCUAAUCAGCUGUCUAUGAAUUGGAAGCAGAACACACUCGAUAUCCUGGAUCACAUCGAGCGGUCCACCACACCUACUGCUGUGGAACAGCUGCAGGCCACCAUAAUAAUGUCUUUGAUGAUACAAAACUUCGAGGGACUAUCAAAGAAGUACUGGUUGAUGCACAGUACAUCUACCACUCUCGCCAAGGACCUGUCUAUACAUGUCUUGGAUCACCCAAGAAGAGCCAAAUCCAAAGAUAUGGUCGAAAAUGAGGUCAAACGAAGGAUAUGGUGGUACUUGGCGACUACUGACUGGUUGCUCGGUAGUAUGCCUAGUCCCCAAGAAGGAACAUACAGCAUCAACCCUCGACACAUUCAUGUCAACAAACCGAUGAACGUUGACGAUGAUGAUCUUCUUGGACAGAAUGUCGUUGAUAAGCCGUUGUCAAUACCGACCGAGAUGUCUUAUUUCCUGGUUAGAACGCAUGGUGGAGAGGUAUGUCGAGUUCUUGCUGAUCUAGUACAUCCGCUGGCCUCUGGUGUCAACAGUGUGGAUUACGAGGAGAUUGUUGCUCUCGAGCGGACGACCGCGACAAUAACGGACAACAUGCCGUUCUAUUUUCAGCUCGAUGAAGAAAGUCGCAAGAAAACAGAACCAUAUCUCAGCAAGUAUCCACAAUUAGCGACACAGAGAUAUCUCCUGCAACAAGGACUCCACUGUCAUCGAAGCAGAAUACAUCGACCUUUCCUCAUCCGUGGUUCUUUAGACGCAAGAUUCCAUUUCUCUCGAACGGCAUGUCUAGAGUCCGUGAGGAAGAGCUUGGAAAUUCGUCGUCUGUUGAACCAGGAGAAACGUGGUGCGGUUUUGCCAAUCGCAAGGCUGAAUUUUGUCUUGUAUCAUGUGUUCAUGGCUGCACUUACAUUGGCCCUCGAUUUGUGCUUCAACAAGUCGGCUACCGAAGCUGAGGAUCGAAGUCGACGAGCCGAGCUGAAGGAAGCAUGUCUGAUGCUUCAAGAGUCCAAGACGGAGAUGCCGGCAGCUGAUCGUUUCUUGACACCAUUGAUGGAACUACUGCGAAAGCACAAGAUUCAGUUGCAAGAUGCUGGAGUGCAUAAUCAGUACCUGACUCCACCGGAGUCGACAACGACACCAAGCCUGCAGACGAUACACACAGGCAGUUCAUAUCCUGAUCAGAGUACAACUGCCCAAGUACAGAUUGUGCCAGAGCGAAAUGCUUCACUCACCGCCAAUCCAGAUAUGGACUUUGAUGGCUUGUGGCAAGAGUUUAUCAGCAUGGUCCCAGACUCGAGCGCUCCAGGAUGGGAUGACCUUCUAGCCGAUUUUGAUCAGGCUAGCCUUUUCAUGGGCGUGUAG